AUGGCAAAUUAUUUUUCCCAAGUUUUCAACAGUGAAAUCAUAUUACUACGUAACUGACAGAAACAUCAAUCAGGUGGUUCUCCUUUCCUCCUCCUACAGCCUCCAUACUCCGUAAGACCCCUCUAAUUUAUAGGUUUUUCCAUCAGAUUUGUUUCAAAACCUUAAUUUUCUCCUUUAUCUUAACAAUUUGAAUCCAGUUUGUUGUUAUGUAUACUUCUUUAAGAUUCUCCUCUGGUUUUGCUUAGCUGCUUUUGUAUCUUCCAGUACCUGCUGCGAAAAAUAAAGUUUUUGUGUUUUCGACGAAACCUCAAAACUUUUCAAAGCUCCUUGGGCUCUUUCCCUUCAUAGCUUUAUCAUUCUAAUGACUUACUAGAUUUGUGGUUCUUCUCUUUGAUUUAAAUCUGCCUUUCCUUCUAUUGAUAAUGUAAUUUACAUUUCCUUGUAUCGAUACUGUAAUUUACAGAAUCAAAAGCAGUCGAAGUGGCUUUCAUAGACCUGUUUUUUUUAAUUUCCAUUUCUUAAGCUCUUAAUUCCUUUUUUUUGUUGUGAUUUAAGCUGUUUUGUCCAUGUAUUUACUGUAAUUUAGGGCUUCUGUGCAGUAAAUCUUCAGGUCCUAUUUAAUGUUGGCUCCUCAAAGUAGGUGGUUGGAUGAUAGGAACCUUUUUUAUUUAAUGCCAUUUGCAUUUAUGGGAUUUGUUACACAGUGCUACAUAUGUACUAUGUACUCGACUGUUUUUCCUCUCUUGUAAGAGCUUUCUGCAAAUUCUUAGUGAGUAUUGAUUCUCGAGAUCAAAUUCUAUAUUUAUAUCUGUUUUUGUUUAUUUUAUCAUCUUUAAUUUGAGCUUUUAAUGUGAUUCAUUACAUGUUUUGUUUGCAUAGGGGCUAAGUUAUCUUUUGAAUCAUCAUUUCUACCAUUUUUUACAAUAUUUAAUCUGCUUCUCUGUAGAUGUAGUUCUAGUUUCCAUCAAUUUCAACCUUUUCCUGAACAUAUCCAGGGCUAAGUCUUCGAUUUCUGCAAAUCUUCGGGUGUUAUCUAAAAAUCUCCACUGUUACUUCUAAUUUAGCUCAGAGUCACCAAAUUCUUCUACUUUUCUCCCAUUAUUUUGAUCUAAUUCCUACAGUCCUCUAUUGAUUUAGCUUGGUUAGCUGGAGCUCCAUUAAUUUAUUCACUCUGCUUCUGAUUCAGUUCAAUCUCCUUUGUUUCUCUCUCUUACUAGUUUUUUCCAAGUUCUCUCUCAGAUCUAGCUCAAUGAAACAUAUACUGAAAUAGGAAACAGAUGCCAAAACCCUUACUCCAUGAACCUACAGUGGUUUCUAAGCUCUUUACCUUCAUGUCUCUCUAAUCAUCCUAAUCCCCAAGUCCAUAACAGAGUCUGCAAAACUAAAGCCCUAAAUCCUUGAAUCUCAGCUGUUUCCAAAUUGUUACCAUUUACUCUGAGAACAACUCUGCAACUUCAAGAUGAAGACUAAAUCAACAGGGCUAGAUACUCUAUUAUUCACUCUCCUCUCAAUUGGGUUUCUCUCCAAUGAUCCUGUAAUGGCUGAUCCUGAAACCAACCUAUUGAACAAAGGUUGCAGCCAAUAUAAUGUCACAAAUUCAGCUGUGUUCUUUGAGAAUUUGAAUGCUUCUUUCACAGAGAUAAGGAACCAGCUGAGGACAAAGAGUUUCGCGACGGCGGAGCAGGUGAAGGGCUCGGACCCUGCUUACGCAAUGGCCCAGUGCAGGGAUUAUCUCUCAACGAGUGAUUGCUUGGCUUGCUUCUCAGUGGCAGAGGCUCAGAUAAGGAACUGCUCAUCUGCCAAUGGAGCUAGGGUCAUCUAUGAUGGGUGUUUCCUCAGGUACGAGAGCAGCACUUUCUUCGACCAGGCCACCUUGCCAGGCAACGUGCCCAUAUGCGGUAACAAGACCUCGCUCCAACAAGCCACCUUCACCACCCUCGCCAAUGACCUCCUCAGAGACCUCAGCACCGCAGCGUCCAAAAUCCCAGGCUAUUUUGGGGCCGUGGUUCGCAAUGGCUCCGAUGGUCUGGUAGCUUAUGGCGUGGCUCAGUGUGCCCAAACUGUGGCCCAAGGCUCGUGCGAAAGUUGCUUAAGCGUGGCUUAUACCAAUAUCGACGGUUGCCUUCCUGAUACAGAUGGGAGAGCGGUUGAUGCUGGUUGUUUUAUGAGAUACUCGGCUAAUGCCUUCUUCAAUGAGAGCCAGGCCACUGAUUUGACGCCAUUUUUGAGCAAAGGAAGUUCAAGCAAGAAAUGGAUAAUCGGAGUUGUCGUGGGUGCAGUAGCUGGGCUGAUUUUGCUUGUAUUAUUAGUGUAUGGUCUGCAUCGAUUGCGGCGGAGGAGUAGGGACACUAAGAAACGUCCUGGGCCAUAUACACAUUGGAGGGGGAGUCUUCAAAAAUUACGAAGGACAUAUACACGGGACAUACUUGGUGCCACUGAGCUUCGUGGGCCUGUGAGUUUCCAUUAUAAGGAUCUCAAAUCUGCUACUAGUAAUUUCAGUGAAGUAAAUAAGCUUGGAGAAGGUGGAUUUGGAGAUGUUUAUAAGGGAAUUUUAAAAAAUGGGAAAACAGUAGCUGUGAAGAAGCUGACUAUUGGGCAAUCGAGUAGAGCCAAGGCAAAUUUUGAGGGGGAAGUGAAGCUUAUUAGCAAUGUUCAUCACCGUAACCUCAUUAGACUGCUUGGAUGUUGUGGAAAAGGCCCCAAUUUCCUACUGGUCUACGAAUACAUGGCCAAUGGGAGCCUUGAUAAAUACUUAUUUGGCGAGGAACAUGGAAAGCUAAACUGGAAGAUGCGUUUUGACAUUAUUGUGGGCAUGGCAAGAGGUUUGGCAUACCUUCAUGACGAGUUCCAUGUGCGUAUCAUACACCGGGAUAUAAAGUCCAGUAACAUACUCCUUGACGAUGAUUUCCAGCCUAAACUAGCUGAUUUCGGGCUUGCAAGGCUUCUUCCAGAGGACCACAGUCAUCUCACUACUAGAUUUGCAGGAACACUGGGAUAUACUGCUCCUGAAUAUGCCAUCCAUGGGCAGCUAUCAGAGAAGGUUGACACAUACAGCUUUGGUGUGGUGGUCUUGGAGAUCAUUAGCGGCCGGAAGAGUAAUGAUAUAAAGCUUGAGCCCAUCACUCAGUACCUCUUGGAAUGGGCUUGGAAGCUCUAUGAGAGCAAUAUGUUAAUGGAGCUUGUGGAUGAUAGCCUUGACCCAAGUGAAUACAACCCCGAAGACAUAAAAAGAGUGAUUGAGAUUGCCCUCACAUGUACCCAGUCAUUGGUUGCUUCAAGGCCCACUAUGUCUGAGGUGGUGGUGCUUUUGCUUAGCAAAGGCCCAUCAGGCCCAAAGCCUGCAAAACCCACCUUCAUCGAUUCAGCAACCCGAGUUCGAGGUGACACUUCAUCUUCCUCCUCUUCUGCCCCGUCUAACGCUACUGUUUCGGUUUCGCUCACAGCUCGCUGAGAUUUUGAAAGUGUGAGGAAAUGUUUGUAAUUUUUGGGAGUUAGGAAUCUGUUUGUUCUGUUAUUCAAAAUGGAAAGAAAGACAGAAGAAGUUGCUCUAAUUAUGCAUCUUCUUUUUCUUACUACUAUCAUGUUUUAUUAUAAGUGUCUUCUUCGUAGACAUGGUUUGUUUUU